AUGGGAAAUUCAAACGUAAAGGAAAAUUCAAACGUAAGGGAAAAUUCAAACGUAAGGGAAAAUUCUAGAGUAGAAAAUGAUGAUAAGGAAAUACAUAAUAAUAAAGAGUUAGAAAAAUAUAAAAAAAAAAAGAAAAAAAAAAAUAAGUCUCAAAUUAAUUUUGAACGUAAUAUUAUAAAUAUAUAUACUGAUGAUAAUCAUUUUAAAAAUUUAUUCAAAUUUGGUGACAUUUCAAAAUAUAUUUUUAGUUAUGGAAAAGAAGACAAAAAUGUGGAUAUACAAAUCGAAGAUAAUGAAAAAUUAGAAUUAAAAAAUGUGAAAACUAUUGAAGAUAUUAUAAAUAAUAAUAAUAAAUAUAUAAUAAAUUUUGUAAAUGGGAAAAUCAAAAAAUCAAAAAUAGAAAUAGCAAAUUUUAUUUCAUUUUAUAAUUUUUUUUUAAAUACACAAAAUGGAUUAAUAAAUAAUUGCUUAGUGGAAAAGGGGGGAAAUAAAAAAAAUGAAAAUGAACAGGAUAGAAACAAUAUGUUAAUUCAAAAUUAUAUUUAUAAAAUAAUAAAAAAGUCUAGAAAUUAUAUAUCUACAGAAAAUGAAUAUAUAUGUAUUAGAAAUUACAUGAAUCAUUUUGAUAAUUUAAUGUUUCCUAUUUAUUUUAGCAAUUCAAAAAUGGGAAAUGACGAAAUACCGUAUGAUCAUGUUCUAACAAAUAAGCUUGAAAAUGAUGAUACAAAAAAAAAAAAUAUAUAUUUAAACAAAUUUGCAAAAGGAAAAUUAUAUUACAUAAAUGAUGAAAAUAUAUUCCUUGAUAAAAUGGAAAAGAAGCAUCGUAAAAAUUGUGGCAGUCAAAUGGAAAAGAAGCAUCGUAAAAAUUGUGGCAGUCAAACGUUAAAGAUUCAAAAUGGCCAAAUAGUAUUGAAUAAGUAUAGGGUGUGUGGAAAACGGGGGGUUACCAAAAUGGGGAAAAAAUUGGGAAAAAAAAUGGGGGAAAAAAUGGGGGAAAAAAUGGGGGAAAAAGUGGGGGAAAAAGUGGGGAAAAAAAUGGGGGAAAAAAUGGGGGAAAAAAUGGAAAAAAAAUUGAAAAUAAAUGGGAACGAUGUAAAGGAAGAGGCGGAAGAUGGGGGAGGCAAAGUGAGUCUAUACACAUAUUAUAUAAAAAGGGGAUUGCCAAAAAUAUUUAGCAGAAAAAAAUGUAAUAUAACAAAAGAUGGUAAAGAAAAAAAAAAAAAAAAUUUAGGAAUAGCAUUUUCACCAGCUGGAUUAUUAAUACCAUAUCAUUUAGGAGUUAGUAGUUUACUUAUUGAAAAAAAUAUAAUAAAUAUAAAUACGAAUAUAGGAGGCUCAUCAGCUGGAAGCAUUUGUGCAUGUUGUUUAGGAAUUGGUUUAAAUAUAUAUAAAUGUUUAUUCUUAGCAGAAAAUAUAAUUAAAAAUGCGCAUAUAAAUGGGUGCUAUAAAAAAUUAGAAAAAAUCUUAAGUAUAGAAUUGAAUAAAUAUAUAUAUAAAGAUAGUUAUAAUUAUUUAAAUAACAGAAUAGGUAAUAUAUUUGUUGGAAUAACACAAAUAUUACCUUAUUAUAAAAGAUUAAAUAUUAAUAAAUUUUAUGAUGAUAAAGAUUUAAAAGAUGCUAUAAUAGCAUCAUGUAAUAUUCCUAUGUAUAUUUCAAAUAAUAUUUUUGCAAAUUUUCGAAAUAAAAAAUGUGUAGAUGGUUUAUUUAGUACAAAAAGAAAAGAUUUUGGAUGCCCUAAUACAAAAAGUGAGAGAUCAAUAAAAAUUUCACCAUUUGCAUCUGAAUAUAUAGGUAUUGAAAAUAAAAAUAAUAGUGUAAUAAGCCCAAAUUUAUAUAAAUAUAAUCAUAUUAUAUUUUUAUUUGUUUCAAUAAAAAAUCUGAUUAAUAAAUUUGUUAAUAAUAUAUGGAUACAAAAAGAGUACACAUUUUUAAUUCAAAAUUUGCUUAAAAUUAUGAAUGAACAUAUUUAUGAUUUUCGCAAUUUCGUGAAGCAAUACUUUUCCCCGUUUUACAAUUUUUCGAAAAGUAAAAGCGGCAAAUCUGGAAAAGUGUCAAAAAAUGAUAAGCAUGAUAAUGAUAGCGAUAGAGAUGGAAACAAAAUGGUUGCGCAUAUUCAAGACCGACUUGAAAAUAAUUUGUCAAAUUCGCUAAAGACCAAUUUAGCAAACAUAAAUUUAUUUAUUAAAACAUAUGAAGAAAUAAGUUUAAAUUUUUAUAAACAUAAUUAUAAUAUUUUAUGUUUUUAUAAGUUUUGUAUAAUUUUAAUUAACAUAAUAAAUGGAUAUUUUUCCGAGAAAUUUAACAAAAUAUAUUUGUCUAAUAUCUUGAUAAAACUUAAUAUAAAAAAAAUUGUAGAAAAUAUAAAUGAAGAUUAUAAUUUAGAUGAUAAAAUUGACGAAAUUUUUGAAUAUAUAAAAAGUGAUAAUUAUUUAGAUGCAAACAAAUUUAUAGCUUUUUUUCCUCAACUAAUUAGUCAUGUUAUUUUAUUUUUUUUUAAGGAAUGUUUUUGUAACGAAAAUAUAAUAAAAGAUCAUAGACGAUAUUUAAAACCCAAAAUAUUAAAUAUGAUAGAUAUAUUAAAAAAUAUGUUUUUAAUUGAAUUUGUAAAAAGAGAAAUAAAAAAAUAUAUUUUAUUUUCUAAUUUAGAAAAUUGUUAUAAUAAUAAAAAUCAAGUUAAUUUUGAUAAUGUUAAAUGUAUUUUUAAUUUUUUAAAAUAUAGAGAUAUAUAUAUAAAUUUUAUUUAUAUAAUAAAUGAAAUAAAAAAUGGAAAUAAUAAAAUAUUAAAAAUUAAUCAAUAUAAUUAUUAUAAUUAUAUAAAUAUAAAUAAAGAAGAUAUGAAUGAUUAUUAUAUAUUUAUGUAUAUUUAUUUGUAUGCAAUUAUUUUUUAUAAAUGUGUAUUUUUAUUAUUUAAAGAGGAAAAAGAAAUUUUUGAAAAAUCAAAUAUUUCUUUUUAUGAUUCAGUUCAUAAUUUUGAAUUAAAAAAAAUUGAUAAUGAUUAUAAUGGAUUCAAUUUUAGUUCUAUAUAUAAUAAGGAUAGGAAUAAUAUAAUUUCUUAUUUCUUAUUAAAUAACAAUUUAAAAAAAGAAAAUGUUGAUGCAUUAGAGGUAGCCAAGAAGCGUUUUGAGUCAUGGGCAUCUCUAGACAUUUAUAAAAAUAGUAAUAUAGAUGUAGAACCCAUUUUUGAUGACUACAGUUUUGUAGAAAGUUAUAGAAGUGCUAGUGUAAAAAGGGAAACUGAUUUGUUGAGUAAUAAACAUUCAAGUAGAGUAAAGAAAAGAGAAACAUAUGAAUGUGAUACAGACAAUUUGGCAGAUAAGAAUGAUGUGAAUUUUUUAGAAAAUGGUGCACAAGAGGUGUGGAAAGGAAGGUCGGAAAUAAAAAGUGGCAAAGAGAGUAAACGGGACGAAAUAAAAAGUGGCAAAGAGAGUAAACGGGGCGAAAUAAAAAGUGGCAAAGAGAGUAAACGGGGCGAAAUAAAAAGUGGCAAAGAGAGUAAACGGGACGAAAUAAAAAGUGGCAAAGAGAGUAAACGGGGCGAGAGUAACAAAAGCAAGAGUGGUAAUAGCUUUUUUUUUAAGAAUUUGAUAAAUAAAAAAAAAAAAAAAUACAAUGAUAAGAGUUCAAAUAGCAAUAGAACCGAGGAUUCAAAUAAGUUAGAAGAUCUGAAAUAUGGAGAUGAUUUGUUCAAAAUAAAUAAUUUUAUAAUUUUCAAUAAUAAUUAUGAACGUGUUAAUAAAAUAGAAGAAUAUAUAAAUUUAAAUAAAAAAAAUAUUUUUGAAAUCAACAUAAAAAAAAAAAAUGAAAUAAUAUCAAACUUGUAUAAUAUAUAUGUGUGUUAUUGUGAUGUCAUAAGUUUAUUGAAUUUUAUAUUUAACAUAAAUUUUUGUGAAAAAACAAGAUAUAAAUUUUUAAAGAAAACAAAAAGGUCGAAAAAAAAACUUGAAAAAAUAAAAAAUAAUAAAAAAAUAAAACAAACAAAUAUGAAACACAUUUCUAUAAACAAAUGUAAUAGUGAAAGCAACCUCAUUUUGGAAAAUAUGGAUAAUAAGUUUUUUGAUGAAAUCGUUAAUAAAAAUAUGAAUAAAACUAUUGAAAUGAAUAAUGUUAAUAUUUGUAGUAAUUUAGGCGAUAAAAGUGCAACAUUUGAGGGAUGCUUAUUACAAGACAGCCAUGAAAUGGAAAAUUCAUUUUUUAGUGAAACAAAUCGGAAAGAAAAUAAAAUGGAUGUAGAUGAUAAAGAAAAUAAAAUGGACGUAAGUGAUAAAGAAAAUAAAAUGUACAUUUCAUACUCUGAUACAAAAUAUAAAAAAAAAAAAAAAAUAUGUAAAAACAAAAAAAAUGAAACAAAUAUGGAUAAUUUUCUCAAAGAUUUUAAAACAAAUAUAAAUCCAGAAAUAUAUGAUACAUAUAAUACAUAUUUUAUAAAAAAUAAUUUUCCUAUAAGAAAAUUAUUUAGAAUAUUACUUGAAGGUACUAAUGAUAAAAAUAUUAAAAAACUUUAUGAUAUGGGAAGAAGUGAUACAUAUAUGUGGCUAUAUCUUGAAUAUAUAAAUAUGAGCAUUUAUUUAUUUAAAAAAGUAUAUUCUAUUUAUUUAAAUAUGAUUUGUUAUUUUCAAUCGUUAUUAUAUUUGACUAAUAUUAAUUUAAAAAAAAAAAAAUGCGAAAUUUCAAAUAUCCUUAAUUCAGUAGAAAAUGUGAUUUUAUACAUUAACGGGGUUGAGUUUAAUAUUUUUUCACUUUGUAGAUAUAUUUCAUUUUUCCUGAACAGUUCAGGUAUUUUUGGUGUUAAUUUCGCUAGUAGCCUGAAUGGGCAAGGUAAAAACGUGUGUGUGUGUGAUGAUAAAAAAAAUAGCCAAAAUGGAAGAUCGGCAUAUGAAUAUUUCCAAUCAGAGACAUUAAAAAGUGAUAAAAUAACAAGAUUUGAUAAAAAUGUGAAUGAAACAUCAAAUGAGUGUGUGAAAAAUGGGGCGAAAAAUGGAGCGAAAAAUGGAGCGAAAAAUGGGGAGAAAAAUGGGGCGAAAAAUGGGGCAAAAAAUAAAGGGUUAAUAAAACCUGAAAAGUGGGGUAAAAAAAUAGCAGAUCGAAAUUACAAUUAUUUUGAAAAAAAAAUGAUGAAAAAAAAAAAAAAAAAAGAGAAAAGACAAAAAGAAAGAGUAAAAUAUAGAAGUAUAAGUUUACCAACAAAUUUAAAAAAAACAGUUUUGAAAAUUAGUAAUUUAAGAAAUAAAAUAAAUUUAAAUAAAAACAUAAUAGAAGGAAUAAAUAGUAAUUUUUUAAAAAAUACACCAUAUGAGCAUAUAUAUACCCAUACAAAUUUUUGGUUAUAUUCCUCUUCUUCCUCUUCCUCUUCUUUUUCUGAUAAUAGUGAUUAUGAUGAUAAAAAAAAUACAAAUGAAUUUUGGAUAAAUAAUAAUAAAAACCCUAAUACUCAAUUUGAUGAUAUAUUUGAUGAGAUAUCAGAAGAAAUGGACACUUUUUCUGUUAUAUCAAAUUUUUUAAAAACGUUUAAAAAUAUGGAUAGUAACAAUUUGAGUUUAUCAGGGUAUUUUGGAUUUUAA